GCCGAGGCACAGCAGGCUGUGCUGCAGCACCGAGAGCCGAGGCAGCAGAGCAGGCUGUGCGGCAGCACCGUGUGCUGUCAGCACGGGCAUUGACUUGCAAGCCAAGCGGUCAGCGCUGCUGCUGCUGCCGGGAUGCUGACUGCAGUAUUUUAGCACAACUGCAGACGUCUGUGGAGGGGAGGAGCUGGAGCAGGAUGCCUCACACACCAAAGUUAAAGAUUGCGCGUGUGAUGAUCUCCAUCACGACUUGGGCACUUGAGGCAGAAACAUGAGCUGCAUCAUCUCCCCCUGUUGUCCGUCAACAUAAAAUGCAGUGUUCUGGAACAUGAGAAAGGGAAAACAUUUCCUCCAGUUCUUUGUAAGCUGAUAUGAAGUAGACAGACACCUUCUGAAGUUUUGUGCAUGCUGUGCUCUUUUUUUUUCCUCUUGGCUGCAACAAGAAAAGCCUUUUCUUUUAACCUGGCUUCCUUUGAAGAAGUAGCUCAGGAAGCUUCAUGGCCUCUCAAGCUGGACCGGAUAAUUAUUCAUCAGCAAGUUGACCUUCUUGAAGGCAUUCUUGGCACAGAGACUUCCAGCAAAUAUGAGAUAAAAAACCAUUUGGGACAAAGAGUUUACUUUGCAGUGGAAGAAAAUGAUUGCUUUGAUCGUAACCUCUGCUCGCCUUUAAGGGCUUUCACCAUAAGGAUUGCUGAUAACACUGGCCGAGAAGUAAUUACAGUGAGCAGACCCUUGAGAUGCAACAGCUGCUGGUUCCCUUGCUUCCUGCAAGAGUUGGAAGUCCAGUCUCCACCAGGCACAGUAGCUGGCUAUGUUGUACAGAACUGGGACCCUUUUCUGCCAAAAUUUACUAUAAAGAAUGAAAGUAAAGAAGAUGUGCUAAAAAUAAUUGGCCCAUGUGCAACUUGUGGCUGUUUUGAGGAUGUUGACUUUGAGGUAAAAGCUCUCAAUGAGAUGUCAACAAUUGGCAAGAUUUCCAAGUACUGGUCUGGAUUUGUAAACAACGUCUUUACCAACACUGCCAACUUUGGGAUCCAGGUCCCUGUAGAUCUUGAUGUGAGAAUCAAAGCAGUAAUGAUUGGUGCUUGUUUUCUCAUUGACUUAAUGUUCUUUGAACACUCUUUGGAUGCAUUAUAACUCGACGACAGAAACAAUAUCAUAAGCAGAAUUCAUUUCAAAAUCCCUUGAGCUUUGGACGUGAUUUUGAGCUGCACAAAUCCUUGUUCCUUAUAGGAAAAGAUAGGGAGCUAAUGAUGCUGUUAAUUAAAACAUAUCUCCUGCAAACAAUAAUUUCCCACUUACAUGUUAUGUAUGGUGUGGCUAAA